AUGAAAAUUGAGGAAGUUAAAAGCACAGCUAAAACUCAAAGAAUAUCAGCCCAUAGUCACAUAAAAGGAUUGGGUUUAGAUGAAAAUGGUGUACCAAUUCAAAUGGCAGCCGGUCUCGUCGGCCAGGAGUCUGCUAGAGAGGCAGCGGGGAUAGUGGUAGACAUGAUAAGAAGUAAAAAAAUGGCUGGCCGUGCUCUUUUGCUAGCUGGCCCACCAGGUACUGGCAAAACUGCAAUAGCGCUUGCUAUUGCUCAGGAACUUGGUAACAAGGUCCCAUUUUGUCCCAUGGUUGGCAGUGAAGUGUACAGUACUGAGAUAAAAAAGACGGAGGUACUAAUGGAGAAUUUCCGUAGAGCAAUUGGUUUGCGUAUCAGAGAAACAAAGGAGGUCUAUGAGGGAGAGGUUACAGAAUUAACACCAGUUGAAACAGAAAAUCCCGCUGGAGGCUAUGGUAAAACUGUUUCCCAUGUCAUAAUUGGACUCAAAACAGCCAAAGGUACCAAGCAACUGAAGCUAGAUCCAACUAUCUAUGAGUCUUUGCAAAAGGAGAAGGUGGAGGUUGGUGAUGUCAUCUACAUUGAAGCAAACUCAGGGGCUGUCAAGCGUCAGGGAAGAAGUGACACUUAUGCCACUGAGUUUGAUUUGGAAGCUGAAGAAUAUGUACCUUUGCCGAAAGGGGAUGUCCAUAAAAAGAAAGAAGUGGUUCAAGAUGUCACUCUUCACGAUCUGGAUUGUGCCAAUGCAAGACCGCAGGGUGGCCAUGAUAUAAUGUCUAUGAUGGGACAACUCAUGAAGCCAAAGAAAACUGAAAUUACUGAUAAACUGAGGAAGGAGAUAAAUAAAGUAGUCAAUAAAUAUAUAGAUCAAGGUAUAGCAGAAUUGGUGCCUGGCGUAUUGUUCAUUGAUGAGGUUCACAUGUUAGAUAUAGAAACGUUCACUUACCUUCAUCGGGCUCUAGAAUCGGCCAUCGCCCCAAUAGUCAUUUUCGCUACAAACAGAGGAAGAUGCCAAAUUAGAGGUACAGAGGAUAUAAUCUCGCCACACGGAAUUCCACUAGAUCUUUUAGAUAGAUUGCUUAUUAUUAGGACUUUGCCAUACAACAAAGCUGAAUUACUGCAGAUAUUAAAACUACGUGCAACAACAGAAGGCAUAGCUAUUGAUGAUGACGGUUUGACAGCACUGGCAGAAAUUGGCGCUAAUAGUACCCUAAGGUACGCAGUGCAGUUACUUACCCCAGCGAUGUUGACUGCGCGCGCAGACGGUUCAACGAGAAUUGCGCCCGCGCACAUCACUGCUGUGCACACACUCUUCCUAGACGCAAAGUCGUCUGCGAAGAUUCUCACCCAACAUUCCGAUAAGUACAUGAAGUAA